CAGUUGCAUCAGUCAGCUGACAAAGAAACAACCUCUGCUGCGGUUUUGUUGAUUUAUUCUUACUCAUCUCACAAAGACUGAGUCACAAUGAAGAUCGCAGCCUUCAAUGUCAAACAGCUGGGAUGGAAAAAAGUCAACAACCCAUUUGUGAGGGAAAAUCUUAUCAAGAUUGUGUCCCGGUACAGUGUGGUGGUGAUGCUGGAGGUGAUAGAUGCAACUGGUAAGGCCAUGGACAAGUUCCUCGGAGCCCUCAACAACCACAAAGAUAACGUACAACAUCCGUACGAAAUGAAGUGCAGCGAACCUCUGGGACGAAGCUCCUACAGGGAGAAGUUUGUUUUCUUCUACAGAAAGGAUCAGGUGACAAUGAUCAACUCCUACCAGUAUGAAGAAGAAGAAGAAGAAGAAGAAGAAGAAGAUUAUGAACAUGGUGAAGAAUAUGAGGAUGAAGAAGAUGACGAUGAUGAAUAUGAGGAUAAUGAAGAUGAAGAUGAUGAGGAAGAUGAAGAAGAUGAAGAUGAUACAGAAGAUGAAGCUGUGGACGUGCUCGCCAGAGAGCCUUUCAUUCUGCAGUUCAAGAGUCCUACAACAGUUGUGAAGAAGCUGGCACUGAUCCCUGUCCACACCAAACCAGAGGACACAGAGAGAGAGCUGGACGCUGUGGACGAUGUGGUUAAAGCAGUGAGGAAAAGAUGGAGGACUACUAACAUUAUGAUUUUGGGGGAUUUUAAUGCAGAUGGACGUUAUCUCUCCAAGAGGAAGAAGAAGAAGAUUCGCAUCUCUUCUCCUCCUUAUCACUGGCUGAUAAAGGAUGAUGUCGACACGACGACGAGCAACUGUAAUGACAACACCUACGACAGGAUCGUGGUGUUCGGACAGACCAUGCUGAAAGCCGUUGUCCCCAGGUCAGCCAAGCCCUUCAACUUCCAGAGAGCGUUCAGACUGACUGAUGAACAAGCGCAAAGCAUCAGUGACCACUACCCUGUGGAGGUGGAGCUGAAGCCCCAUACAAACGCGACCAGAAGAACCUCAGGAACCAGAGGGGGCUCUAUCCGAAGCCGAGCUCACGAAGAGACAACUUCCCUAUUCAGUGUCACUCCCAGGAUCUCUCCUGCGUUCCUGCCUUCGACCCAACACAUCUAUCAUCACCCUCGCCUGCAAACACCAGCCUUCAUCCCUCGACCCCCCUUGCUACACCCCUUAUCACUUCACCCCUCGUCGCUUCUUGCCUCUCCCUUCACCCCUUGAUCCUUUAUCUGACCUCUCUAUCCUUUUCUCCAGGUAGCCCUUGACCCUCAUCCCUACAUCCUUCAACCGUUCAUCCCUUCAUCCCUUCGGCCCUCGACCCUCAUCCCUUCACCCUUUCCAUCAUACACAAUAAACCAUAAGAAAUCUUUAUCUUAUUGGUGUGGUCUUUGUUAGUGGAAAUGCAGAUAGAAUAGAGCAGAUCUACAGUUACAAUGCAUUAAUGAGUCGA